GUGCAUAAAACGUACAUGAUAAUACAGUCGAUUCAGAUGUGAUUUAUUUUAUUUUCAUAGCCCAUUGCUUCUUCAUUGUAUUCUUUUUGUGAAUCAAAAUAUGAUCAGGUUAACGGACUUUUUUUGAAAGCCCUUCGCGUAUUGAGCGUAGAAAAUGAUCAAGGAAUAAUAACUUGGUUGUACUUACCUUAUUUAUGCUGAUUAAUUUAUUCCAAUAACACUUUCAUCUUCAAUUAACAAAUUAUUACUUAAUUAAACUACACAUCAACAUUAAUAAGUGAUCAACUGACGAAAAAUAUUCAAAAAAUUGUCGAGUCAAAGCUAGCUUCGCCCCUUCAUUGUUAUUGUUUUGAUCAGUUUUUGAUGAAUUUUUUUGUGAAUUUAUAUAAUUAGGCAGUUUUAACAGUAUUUAUCAAUAAAAUGGAUGAACCAAGUGAAUUAUCGUUACGUGAAAUACACAAGUAUUUUGUGAGAAACAAUUAUAAAGUGACAAAUACACAAUUAGUAAAAUAUUUUCGCAAAUUUCUUACUGGAUCUCGAGUUGAUGAAGCACGAAAGGAAUUUAAGACAUUUGUGAAUAUUUUGGCAACAAUCAGGAACGAGAACAACGAAAAGUAUUUAAUUUUACGUAAAAAGUAUUACGAUGAAGUGCCAGGCGAUGAUCAGUCCAAUAUGAGUUUUGUAAGUUCGAGCAGCAUGAUGUCAUUGCCGUCAGAAAUGCUUGACUCUCCAGUAAAAAGCCUCCCACCUCCAUAUCGAGCACCACCCAAACUCGACCUUAAUUCGCCAUCUUCUUCUCCAUUCCAUCAGCACGUUCCAAUAUCAAUGACAACUGUUGGACUUCCAAUUCUCGAGCCACAUACAAAAGAGCAAUAUAAAGAGUGUGUCAGUGAAUUUCAACAAGUCAUGUCAAAUUUUAUGGACGGCGGCAAAAAAGUUGAGAAAGUUGACGUAGCAAGUCGUAAAAAUAGCUUCGAACAAAUCAUUGAAGAACAAGCGCCAUCCCUACCGCCAAGAAAGAAGGUCGAUAGUCGUUCAUUUAGUCGAGAAAAUUCAAUAGAAAAGUCAUUUGAGACCAAUAAGGAUGACAAUAAAGAGAAUACACAAAGUCCAUCUCCAAAUGAAGAAAGUAAGGGUGUAAGUGUUAAGGAAGCGAUGCUCAAAUUCAACAGAUAUGCUGAAGCUGAAGAAGCAAAAGUCCCUUCACCGAUGAGUAAAAUGUUGAGGAACAAGACAGAAAAGGUUGAUGACACGACUGGAUCUGCAGAAAGUUUGACAAAUCAUCCAAAAGCCAAGGAGUGGAUAAUCAGUGCAGCUCGUUCAAAUUACCAAGAAUUGGCAAAACUUGGUCAGGAACAUCCACAGCUAGUGAGACUUCAGGAUCCGAACACGACUGCAUUACAUUGGGCAAGUAAGCAUGGAAAUGAAAAUGUUGUGAAAUUAAUUGCUGGAACUUUCAGAGCUGAUGGUUACACGUCUCUUCAUAUAGCGAUGCAAUGUGGAAGAAAUGAUAUAUUCGAGCUGCUAUGCAAUGUCUAUAAAGCUGACAGAGAUAUUUUAGACUGGUCGGGAAAGAAGCCAUUGGAUUAUCAGAAACAGUUGACAAGCAUAUCCGCGCUUUCCUUUAGCAGUGAGUAUAAAACACUUCCGAUGGUAGCAGCAAAGUCAAAUAAAUCCGUCCAGCGAAGACAUUCGGAAAUGUUUAAUGACUCAUAUCGUACUUUGCAUGGAAGUAGUCAUAGCAUAUUUAAAAAUGAUGAUACUAAAAGUCUUUAUCAAGAAACUGGUUCGACUAUUUUUGAUACAACAACAAGAAGGAAAAAGAUCAAAUCACGAAAGAAAGUAUCAGAAAAGGACAGUUUUCUGCGAAUUGGAUCAUUAAGAAUUGGGAAUUUAUUGGGACAUACGAAAGGACAUCACAACAAUCAUAAUUUUAUUCAACGCUCAAGCAUGCAACCACCCUCCUCUCUUGACAUUAAAGUACACAAAAAUUAUGGAUCUGUUGACAAUGUUUCAUUACCACAUUCGAUUGAGAUGGGACCCCCAAAGCAUUCGGUGAAGAAACGGAAGCAAAAGCGAGAACAUAAUGAGCAUACGAUGAAUCAAAGUCAAUCGAUGCCAACAACGCCGAAUCUUGAAAGUAGACAUAAACGUGGAUCAGAUGAAUCAGACUCGGAUAGUGCUUAUGGAUUUAAUGAUAACUGGGCUGCCUAA